CGCCCAAAUAGACUGGGCCACUAACAAAACACUGUCACAACCGAAACAAAACGUGAAAAGCGAAUCCCACUUCCCCAUAUAAUAUCUUUAUUUCUGCUAUUACCCCAGAUUAACGCCCGUUUACACACGCUCAUACAAAAGAUGUCUUCCAACGAUAAUGUCGCUCACGCCCUUGCCGGCGCCGGUGGUGGUGCCUUGUCUAUGAUCGUGACCUAUCCGUUAGUCACAUUGUCCACAAAGGCCCAGACCACGGCCACCAAGAAGACCAACGACACCGAGGCACAGAAGCUCACCAAGGAGGAGUACCAGCAACAGUUGUCCAAGCUUGCCAAGACCAGUUUCUUCCAGAAUGUGGUCAAGACCUUGAAGCAAGAAGGGGUCACUGGCUUGUACGCCGGGUUGGAGAGCGCCAUUUACGGUAUCGCCUUGACCAACUUCAUCUACUAUUACUUCUAUGAGUACACGUCCAAGAGCUUCGUGAAGUCAAACUUGGAGAAGGAUAGGGCGUCGCGUGGGUUGAGUACAGCUCAGUCCAUGCUUGCUGGGGCGAUUGCCGGGAGCAUCACUUCGGUCUCGACAAACCCGAUCUGGGUAGCCAACACCCGUAUGACCGUAUCCAAGACCCAGAACGGCACCAUCAAAACGCUCAUCAACAUCGUCAAGACCGACGGUGUUGGGGCCUUGUUCAAUGGUGUGUUGCCAGCCCUCGUGCUCGUGUUGAAUCCAAUCAUCCAGUACACCAUCUUUGAGCAGUUAAAGAACUUCCUCUUGAAGAGAUCCAAAAAGAAAAGCAUCACGCCUUUGAAUGCCUUCUUCAUCGGUGCUUUGGGGAAGUUGGUUGCCACGUCUGUAACUUACCCAUACAUCACCUUAAAGGCGAGAAUGCAUCUUGCCACCAAGAGCACCACCGAAGCCGGUGAGGUCCAGAAGCUGACGAGCAUCUCGGCCAUGGUGAAAGAUAUCGUGAAGAAUGAAGGUGUCUCCGGAUUCUACAACGGUAUCCGAGUGAAGUUGACCCAGUCCAUUUUGAGUGCCGCCUUUUUGUUCUACUUCAAGGAAGAGUUGUAUCAGGGUAGUGUCAGGAUUUUGAGGGGGAUUGACUACGUCAGAAGCACCAGACCAAAGAAGAUUUAAAUAAUUCUUCAAGCUCAAGUUGGGAUACUCGGAAGCGACUGAUUCAGUCUGUGGAUUGCAGCUGCAGUCGGCACUAUAUGCACCCACUUUUCGUGUUACAAUUAGAAAUUAUAAUAAAUGCUAUCACGAAGUCGAAGGCUUUGCAGCUAGGGUCGAUUAAUAACAUGUGUAUACAUUAGCUAUACAGCACCAAAGGUAAUACUACAUAGAUAUAUAAAAUGUACUAAUUUUCAGGGC